AACAAGUUGAGUCUUCGACCUCAUUGCUGCUGUAGUAAAAACAACAUCCAGUAAUACACAGUCUAUAAAUGUUGACGUGGCCAUAUUUAGGCUUAUGAAAGUGUACUUCAUAGAAUACUGUAGGAUACAGGGAAGGUGUGUGCGGGGGUCACGUUUGAGGUGGAAAAGUUGACGGUCUAGUUCAGCACAGAGGAAGUAACUACCAAAGCUACUUAUUGAGGAGUGCACUGCUCUGUUCCUGAACUUUAUUCAGGUUGUAUGCAGGACAGGACAGUGUUAUACUCAACUGAAGUUUUUUGGGGGGGCAUCCCACUUUUUUUGGAGGAGAGUAUCCCCUCAUUGUUUUGUUUGUUAUUGUCUACCAAAAACAUAUUAGGCUACUGAGCAUUUGCAUUUGAAUUUUAAGAGGUGCAACUUCCGCUGACGAAGAUCACUGAUUAUCACUUGAACAGGGGAGACACAAAAGCUCUCCACCGACUAUGGAAACAGAGGCAACUGAUGGAUAUUCUGCAAGUAACGGAGACUGCUCUCCCAAGAAGACAGAGAACUCUAGAAUGUUGGUGGACCUGUCGGCAAACACACCCAACGCACAGCAGCCCCAGGGUCCUUAUUCACCGACUGAACACACCAUCAAACAAGAAGAAGAGACAGAAGAUGAAAGGGACAGGAGGACCACAGCUGAGGAUAUGGGACAAAGUGGGGAAGAGGAAUCGGGAUUGGAAGAGCCCAUGAUUGACAGCCCAAACAACCUACAGGAUGGGGUUCCUGGGUCAGAUGGGUCAUGUGACCCAGGAACUCGGCUGCCCAAUGGUGAUAGGCCGUUCCAGUGUAACCAGUGUGGCGUGUCGUUCACUCAGAAGGGCAAUCUGUUGAGACACAUCAAACUGCACACGGGGGAGAAGCCCUUCAAAUGCCCCUUCUGCAGCUACGCCUGCCGCCGUCGUGACGCACUUACAGGCCACCUACGCACACACUCAGUGGGUAAACCACACAAGUGUGACUACUGUGGGCGGAGCUACAAACAGAGGACGUCAUUGGAGGAGCAUAAAGAGCGCUGCCAUAACUACCUUGAGAGUGCUGGCAUGGAUCCCACCUCUGUCACUGGGCCUUAUCCAGGUGAGAUCCCUAAAGAGCAGAGGCCCCUGGCGGAGGCCGCUGCCAUGGCAACAUUAAACCGGCCACCUGUCAUUGAGAAACUGCAGAGUAACGUAGGGAAGAGGAAGAGUACCACUCCACAGAAGUUUGUGGGUGAGAAGAUGAUGCGUUACAGUUACCCGGAGCUGAGCUAUGAGAUGGGUCUGAAGUAUGAGAAGGAGGCAGAGCUGAUGCAGGCUCACAUGAUGGACCAGGCUAUCAACAACGCCAUCUCUUACCUGGGCUCUGACUCCCUGAGACCCCUGGUCCACCAUCCCCACCCCCAUGGUCCCCACGGUCCACAGCCGUCUCUUUCUAUGGCUGAGGUGGUACCCAUGGUCAACCCCCUCUUCCACCACGUCUACCCUCUGGGGUCAGGGCUGCGUAUGGACGGACCGGGUAGCCGCGACGCCCCACCUCAUCCUUCACCUCUGCCUCCACCUCCUCCUGACUUCCAUCCCUCCUCCAACGGGCCCAUCGCCCUCACCAGACCCAAGCAGCACCACCCACAGGGUACCAGAGAGGAAAAAGAGUCUCCUAGCAACAGUGGGCUGGACUCGGCCGACUCCGCCCAGAGCAGCCCACAGGAUAGGCUGGGUUACCACUGGAACAACCCCCACCACCGUCCCAGAUCCAUCCCAGCAUACGGCGGCAGAGAGGAGGGGCGAGGCGGGGCUGAGGUGGCCCAGGGAGUGGCGGCAGAGAGGCCUAUAAGUCGGGAAGGGGUGCGUGUGUUUGGGCGAGAGGGGCGGAAGAUGAGGGUGUUCCAGUGUGAACACUGCCACAUUCUCUUCCUGGACCAUGUCAUGUACACCAUCCACAUGGGUUGUCAUGGUUACAGGGACCCGCUGGAGUGCAACAUCUGUGGCCACCGCAGUAAGGACCGCUAUGAGUUCUCAUCUCACAUCGUCCGCGGGGAACACACCUUCAACUAGAGGGCUGGACUGGACAGGAGCCACCACUGGUCCCUGCCCCAUCCCACCUCAGGACAGUGAUGUUGAACUAACUGUGUGUGGUCAAUGCAACCAACCAGGAGAGAGAGAACUAACCAACAUUUGCUGCAGCAUAAUGAUACUAGCUAUAUAUCAUUCCAAACAAAUAUAUGAAGGUCUGGGCCAAAUACACAUUUUAAUUUUACAAGGUGUUUUGAAGAAUUUGAGGUUGAGAUAUGUAUCUCAAGUGAGGGAUUUUUUGGGGGAGUGAAGAAGAUCACAAAGAAGUAGUACACCUAGACAGUUUUGUCAUGGUGUGUCUCAGAUUGUCACAGAGCAGCUAAUACUGUGAGUAGUUCUAUUAUAGUUUAUCACUGUUCCUUUCUUGCUGAAUAAUGUACUGUUGGACUUGUUCAUUGCCACAUAGACUGCCAUGUAAGGACUCAACUUAUCAAGGGGGCUUUCCAUGACCCCACCAACUGAACCAUACUUUAGAAUAUAAUAUUCUUUCUUGCAUGAUUUCUUGCAACAGACUGUAUAUCUCCUCUGUCUUUCUAACUGCUAACUGCACAGGCGGGUUGUCACACUAGCCACAUUAAAGAAUUACAUUUUCUGCAGAGGGAAAGAGAGUAGUGAGAGAGAAAGAGAGAGAGCAAGAAAGAAAGGGAGAAAGACAAAGAGAGAGACAAAAAAAACGACAAAUAUGGAAGAAAGUGAGGGAGAGGGAGAAAGAGACGGAGAGAGAGAGACAGAGAGAGAAAGAGAGUGAGACAGAGAGAGAGAGAUAGCGAGACAGAGAGUGUGUGUGAGAGAGAGAGAGAGCGAGAAACAGAGACGGAGACGGAGAAACUUACUCAUGAUUUACCUUUUCAGACAUUGUCUACAGAUUUGUUAUUGUUUCGUUCAUUACCCUAGCUAAAUAUCUGUUUUCUGUAGAACAGUUCCUGUAACCUUCUCAGUUUCACAGCACUUCACAGAGGAAAGGAAAAGCACUGCACUGCAGCCCGCCUCCUCCCUAAACCUGUUCUUUCACUAGCAGCCUGAUGCCUUGACGGAUGGGGAGGACGGAAAGGGAUUCCCAGUUUUGAAGCCAAUCCCUGUUUUGAUGGUUCAAUAGUAACUUCAAAUCUCCAGCUCGCAAGUUGCCUUUAACCCACUCAUGUGUCUUAUAGUAGACAGGCUGCUUUCUGCAAGCGCCAUGUCAGUGCAUGCGCUCUACUCCUCGGUUGGGAUCAAUGCCAUUUUAAUUCAGUUAAUUUAAAAAAAUCUAUGAGGAAAAUUGGAAUUUGGAUUUGCAGUUUAUUUCUUACAUUGAUAGAAUUGGAAUGGCAUUGAUACCAACCCUGCUGUGCAUUGCAUGUGAAUGUGAUGUGGAAAGCAUUGUGCCCAGUACAAUUAAGCUGAUGCACUGGUACUGUUUCGUAGAUAGAUAGCAGUGUGGUUUAGGGUUUUUUAGAAGUAAAAUGCCAGUGAACGGUGAUGGUAUGUAUGUGGAUCAAAUAAAAUAAUCUAUGUGCACUUGGACAAAUGCUUAAGACAAUGUACAUGUUGCUCUUUUGAUAACAAAUAUUUUGCUGGCAAAAUAUGUAAUGUCUCUGAUGUUGUGUUUAUUAUGCGUCAUAUACCAUAUUUUGAAUUGCCACAGUCUUUUGCCCUGAUGGUCUUUGGCCAUAGGAAUGGCCCUAUAUGUAUAUGGCCAGGCUCAGUUCAUUGUUCAGUUCAAACUUCUUCACUCCUUCUGUAUGUUAUGUGGUACGGUAUGCAACCUCCCCAGUCAAAGUGGCAGCUUAUUUCUCUUUAUAUUUCAAAACACAUACUGUACUUUUAUUGCAACAGCUUAUUGUUACUGUAAAGUAUUGGCAAUCGUGUUUGUUUACAUCUUUUAGCUAUUGUAGUAGCUAUUACAUGCAUUCUGCAUUCCCUCAAUGCAUUAUUCUUUUUAAAUGAAAGCCCCUAUUUUGUAUUUACUCACAGCUUUAUCUUUGAUAAUUCAUAUUUCUAUAGAUGUUCUAAUGCACCGGUAUAGGCCUAUUCAAUGUUAUGUCUUCAAUCUACUGUAUGUCCGCCUAUUGUUUUUUUUAAAACAAAUCCAGAAUCAUUACUAUUCUUUUUGAAGCAAGCAUGGAUGCUAACAAAUAGUUUUAGAGUAUUUGAAAAACUUAUGUCAGCCCACCUGUAGCAAAGUGCACACUAUUGCUUUACUAUCUGUUAUGAAAUAAUUGCUGUAGGGGCAUUGUAUGUUUUACUUGUCAUUGUAGAUAAUCUUACUGUAUUCUGAUUUGUCCCAUGUGUACAUCAAUUGAGGGAGACAAUGUGAGCACCAAGAUUAGACUUUUUAAGAAUUUUCUACAUAACAAAAAGUCAGACUACCGCACCGGGAAGAAAAAUAAUAGAUUAUUGUCUGUGAAAGUGAGAUCGAUAUUGUAGUUACAUUUAUUUUUCUGGAUUUUUUUUUUACUACAGAUGUAGGAUCUUAAUUUGUUCACCCUGUUGUAAGAGAACUUUCCUGCAAUGCAUUUGAGGUUUAAAAAGGCUUCCAAAGUUAGUAAUUUCCCCUUAGAAAUUUCAGACUUGUUUUUCCCUUACGAAAAAUGUCAAUCCCUACAAAAAUAUCUAUUAUUUAUGCUCCACAUAAUAAUUCACAUUUCCUGUUGCUGCAGGAUUAUUUUCCUGCUUUAGCAAACUGGCUCAAAUUAAGAUCCUACAUCUAUAUGUGUCUAUGGAAAGGCCUUAGCUCAUAAAGUGCUUUCCCACUGUGCACAGGCAUCAAUUCAACGUCCAUUCCACGUUGGUUCAUUGAAAUGACGUGGAAACGACGUUGAUUCAUCCAGUGUGUGCCCAGUGGGUUGUAGGGGCAUUGUAUGUGGGUUGUUUUGGAGCUGUAUGAUCCGUCUUACCUCUGUAAGUACUGUACAACCUUGUUAAAGAGUGAUAAAUAUAAUGUUGAAGCAUUGUGUGUAAAUAUAUCUGGAGGCUACAAACUAUAUAUGAGCCUAUAUGAACACAAAGAAGAAGUGAUCUUAUUGACAGACUCCACACUCUUAGAUGAAGAGCAUACUUGAAGCAGAAUUAGUGACACUCGAUUGGGGUGUAUUUUAUAUGUACUAAAAACUGCACUGGAUUUCAAUUUUUCUUGGUAAAUGUAAAAUUUGAAUUGUUUUGUAAAAAUUAUGUUUUUUAUUAUUAUUACAUAACAAGUGCUAACGAACAAUACUGGUAAAUGAGCGGGUUGCUGUGUACUUUUGUGUACAUAAUAUGAAUGGUGAAUAUUCUGGCACUAUAUUAAAAUGGGUUAGUAAUGUGCACAGAUACGCACUGAUGAUGAAAUUAUUAUCAUGUGGGGGUCUCAGGUAUUUGUAUUCUAUGUACUUCUAUACACUGUUGUAUUUCUUCCAGUA